AUGGACAUGCAAAAUGAUGACAGUAUGAAACCGAUCCAUGCUUCAAAACAACACUUCAUGUGGCUGGAUCCCCAAGAUGUUGCCAAAUAUGAAAAAUUAGCUACAGAGACUCAGCAAGUGCUUUUGCCCUUCCCAACAACAUAUUUGGUUGAAUGUGCCUUUAGUGCUGUUACGGAUAUGUUGACUAAACAACGAGGAUGUCUCAACAUUUGUGAUCGUGGUGACCUUCGAGCAAAACCAACUGGAUUUGUUCCUCGGUUUUCUAGUUUAGUUUCUCUGCCCGCAGGCCACAGUGGGCAUUAA